AGUUAGUAUUGCGCUGACGUCAUAGCCCCUGCAAAGGUGGACCAAUCAGCGCCUUGGCUGCACUUCAGUCAACGGAAAGAAGCGUACGCGUGCGCGUCGCGCGGUCACGCUGCUGGAUCUGCUGUCACGAGCCUUAUCCAUCAGCGGAGUGGAGGCUGGAUAAUUAGAACGGACAUCAAUUAUACAGCACGUUUUUACUUCCCACAUCUCGAGCGUGACAAAGAGAGCCGGGCCGUCAUUUGAUAUCGCGGUUGGCCGUUCUCACCCGUCGCUUUUAUUCCGGUCAACCGGGGAUGUGUCCGGUCCUUGAAUGAUAUUGCUACCCAGCUAGCUAGCUAGCUGUUACGCUAGCUCUACGGCGCUUGACUCGAAAGUAACGUAACGUUAUAUUCUUGGACGCUAUCUCCACCGACACACCUGACGGUCUUCACCCGAGAGGCUCAUCCGACAGUCGGUGCUUAUACGUCGGUUAAUUGGUUCCAUCCGGUGUUGUGCGCGUCGCAUCUACCGCUAGCUCCCGUUAGAUACGGAUUGAAUGAAAUAUCGUUCGCUCGUUUUAGCCAGCGGAAACGAGCCAGUUAACGGGGGAUAACGUGAAUUUAUCCCGCUGCUAGUUGAUCCAGCUAAUCUGUGCUCGCGACACGGUGAGCUGUGGUCGGUAACAGCCAAUCAUAACGCCGUGUAACGUGAGCGAACGACUCCUCGACUAAGGUUACUACGGAACACGUCAAGUUGGCCGUCUGCCAUCCAGCCCCGGUGCAAACCGCCGACCGACCGACGUCAGUCCGCUUCACGGAUUUCACGUUAAGGCCGGAGUGAGGACCGGAACCUGCAGAUAUGCCGGCGGUGUCGAAGGGAGAUGGAAUGCGCGGAUUAGCCGUUUUCAUUUCGGACAUAAGGAAUUGUAAGAGCAAGGAAGCCGAAAUCAAGCGGAUCAACAAAGAGCUGGCCAACAUCCGCUCCAAGUUCAAAGGGGACAAGGCUCUCGAUGGCUACAGCAAGAAGAAGUACGUCUGCAAGCUGCUCUUCAUCUUCCUGCUCGGACACGACAUCGACUUCGGCCACAUGGAGGCGGUCAACCUGCUGAGCUCCAACAAGUACACGGAGAAGCAGAUCGGCUACCUGUUCAUCUCGGUGCUGGUGAACAGCAACAGCGAGCUGAUUCGUCUGAUCAACAACGCCAUCAAGAACGACCUGUCCAGCCGCAACCCCACCUUCAUGUGCUUGGCGCUCCACUGCAUCGCCAAUGUGGGGAGCCGCGAGAUGGCCGAGGCGUUCGCCAGCGAGAUCCCUCGCAUCCUGGUCGCCGGUGACACGAUGGACAGCGUCAAGCAGUCCGCGGCGCUGUGUCUGCUGCGGCUCUAUAAGACCUCUCCUGACCUGGUGCUGAUGGGCGAGUGGACGUCGCGGGUGGUGCACCUGCUCAACGACCAGCACAUGGGUGUGGUGACAGCAGCCAUCGCUCUGAUCACCUGUCUGAGCCAGAAGAAUCCCGAUGAGUUCAAGACCUGUGUUUCCCUGGCCGUGUCCCGACUCAGCAGGAUUGUGUCGUCGGCCUCCACCGACCUCCAGGACUACACCUACUACUUCGUCCCGGCGCCGUGGCUCUCUUGCAAGCUGCUGCGCCUGCUGCAGUGCUACCCGCCGCCAGAAGAUGGCGCCGUCAAAGGCCGGCUGGUGGAGUGUCUGGAGACCAUCCUCAACAAGGCCCAGGAGCCGCCCAAGUCCAAGAAGGUGCAGCACUCCAACGCCAAAAACGCCAUCUUGUUCGAGGCUAUCUCCCUGAUCAUCCACUACGACAGUGAGCCAAACCUGCUGGUGCGGGCCUGUAACCAGCUGGGCCAGUUCCUGCAGCACAGGGAGACCAACCUGCGCUACCUCGCUCUGGAGAGCAUGUGCACUCUGGCCAGCUCCGAGUUCUCCCACGAAGCCGUCAAGACGCACAUCGAGACCGUCAUCAACGCCCUCAAGACUGAGAGGGACGUGAGUGUUCGACAGCGGGCGGCCGACCUGCUGUACGCCAUGUGCGAUCGCAGCAACGCCAAGCAGAUCGUAGCCGAGAUGCUCAGCUACCUGGAGACGGCCGACUACUCCAUCAGAGAAGAGAUGGUGCUGAAGGUGGCCAUACUCGCGGAGAAGUACGCCGUGGACUACUCCUGGUACGUGGACACCAUCCUGAACCUCAUCCGCAUCGCCGGCGACUACGUCAGCGAGGAGGUGUGGUACCGCGUCAUCCAGAUUGUCAUCAACCGAGACGACGUGCAGGGCUACGCCGCCAAGAUGGUCUUUGAGGCCUUGCAGGCCCCGGCCUGCCACGAGAACAUGGUGAAGGUGGGCGGCUACAUCCUGGGAGAGUUCGGUAACCUCAUUGCUGGCGACCCCCGCUCCAGCCCCCUGGUCCAGUUCAACCUGCUCCACUCCAAGUUCCAUCUGUGCUCUGUGCCGACUCGUGCCCUGCUGCUGUCCGCUUACAUCAAGUUUAUCAACCUGUUCCCAGAGACCAAGGCCACCAUCCAGGAGGUGCUGCGCUGCGACAGCCAGAUCCGCAACUCCGACGUGGAGCUGCAGCAGCGGGCUGUCGAGUACCUGAAGCUCUCUUCCAUUGCUAGCACUGAUGUCCUGGCCACUGUUCUGGAGGAGAUGCCUCCCUUCCCCGAAAGGGAUUCGUCCAUCUUGGCCAAGCUGAAGAAGAAGAAGGGGCCUGGUUCCGUGUCGGCGACUGAGCUGGACGACAGCAAGAGUGAGGGCGGGGAGUUGAACGGAGGUGGCGAAAGGGGGCCGGACGCAGCAGGCCUGGCCUCCUCCAACGCAUCCACCCCGUCACCGUCCGCAGACCUCCUCGGGAUUCGUUCGGCGGCCCCCGUCGGCGCCGCGCCGAGCAGUACCGGCAGCCUACUGGUGGACGUGUUCUCCGAGGCGGGGCCGGCCGCGCCCUCCGCCGCCGUGAACGACGACGGCUUCCUCAGGUGAGAAAAAAAAAGUCCCAUCCGUCUCGAUAUGCGGAUGUCGAGUCCACGUGAGCCAAAAAGUCCAGUAUGACGCAACCGAGCUAAAUGAAAACAGCGUCUCGCUGCCGAAGGGGAGGGACUCUGAGACGGCGUUCAGCUUACCGGAAAAAAUGUAACCCGGAUACUUAAAAUGUAGUCCCAUUGUGGGUUGUUGGUAACAAGCAAUCGACUGUGAAGCUGCGUUCACGCCAAAAGCGUUGCCGAGUUUUCACGCGAGUAGAUCCCGUGCGAAGUCGACGUACAGACGCGAGCGGUUGCGACGGACGCCCGACGUCGAGUUGCGAAAGCCAAUCAGCUUUGAGGCGCUCCGCCGUCGGUGAAUCUAACGAGUAGCCCUGGAAGCGGAAGUUAUUCAGACGUCGUCGGUUAAGGUCACCGAGCUGUGUGAGCCUACGGGGGUUAUGUGUAAAUAUAUAUAAAUAUGAUAUUAAUGUUGUGAACCCAAACACGAGGGCGUUACAUGUUCCCACGUUUGUGGGACGUCCACAACAAGUAUGAAGCAGAACUAGUGGUUAGUUAUUCCGUGGUGGAUGAAGGAAAUGAUAACUGUUUCCACGGAGUAAAGCCACAGAGAUAAGCCACGCCCCCUCUAAAGGUGCGUUCACACCAAAAGCGAAACUAUUUUUUGCGUUGCCCAAAACGCGUGAGUUGACUCGCUCGACCGUUCACCGUGUUCUCACCAUAAGCGUCGAGACGCUCCGUGAGGGGGCUUAUCUCCGUGUCUCGUCUCCGUAAAGACUUCCGCUUCCAGCUACGAGAGCGGAACUCAAGAGCUGAUUGGCCCGAGUUGCGAGAUGACCGCCUCAAAGUUGAAAUAUUUCAACUCGGGGCGAAAAUUGUGCCGCUGUAAACGCGUCGCCCACAUCGCGUCGCCCCAAAUGCGCCGCCCGGGAAAAUAUCGCGUCUAUCGCAGCCACACGCGUCUGUACGUUGGUGUAGCAGCUCCAUGGCCACUACCCGUGGGUUUCCCCCCCCAGCACCAAGGAUCAGCCCGGAACCACGAGGUUUGUUUGAACGACAUGAUUUAUUUGUCAGCAAACAACGCACCAGCAGACCGCACACUCUGCGCCUCUGCUCCCUCCCCCUUCCCUCCAGCUCUGCUGCCCUUUUAUACAGGCAGCAUCGGCUGCUGACUGAUUGCCAAUCAGUCAGAGCAGCUGACUGAUUGUCAACCAGCCAGCAGCCGAGGCCAGAAUGGGGACAGCUGCCACAGUUGACUUUUCAUGGUUUUCUGUCGUGCGAAAAAAUAGUUUCGCUUUUGGUGUGAACGCACCUUAAGGCACGAAUAAAGCGAGUGGCGCGGAAAGCCCAAAAUAGUCAAGCGAGUAAACUCACGCGAGCAAAGCGUUGGGUGUGAACACAGCAUUAGUGAGAACAAAGUCGUGAACUAGAAGAACACAAAGCACACAUCCAAACCUUACACACACACACACACGGGGUCCAAAUUGAGCCCAGAAACACCCGGAACAUAUCCGAAUAUGAAGGACAGACACCUGCCUGUUCAAGGAGUGGCUCUCAUACUGGAUUGGGAGAUGAAUGGAUGAAUCUGUCAUAUUCUGUUUGUUUCCUGUCUCAAUAUUUGUCAUUCUGGUAAUAGUUGUGAUGUGUGUGUGUGUGUGCGCUGUUAGACGACUCUGCACCACUAGUGCUGGUUGUCUCAAUGUUUUCUUUGCUCUAUCUGUGUCUUAUAUGGACCUGUCAACCUGAAGACAUUCAUAGUCAGAUACUGAAUGAUGAAAUUAUUAUUAUUUAUUUGUUCAUAGGGUGCCCCUUUGCCCUCCGUCCUCUUUUUUCAUUUAGCAGCGCUGGCCAGAUCAAACUAGUUUUCGGCUCAUUGUUUAUGUCAGUAUUUAGGUCGGUGUUGAUACUUUCGUAGUUAUUAAUGAUAAUAACUUCAUUUAUGAAGCACCUUUCGUCGGCGCGAUGAGAUUUAUCUGUGUGGCCGUUUAUUCCACUCUCACAAUCAUCCCUUUGACACUGACGUCCCGUCACCAUGGUUACGAUACCCGCUCUUAAAGGGACACUCGCUCGUAUAUCACAAGCCGCCCGACUUGUCCUUUUUUUAAUGAUGUAUUCUGAGCCGAGUCCACUACAAGUUUUACAAUUGCUUUGACACACAAUAUAUAAAAUAAUAUAAUACCAGAAAGCCAAAUAAAGAGUCCGUAACGCGUGUCCGGUGACAUCCAGGCUGCCUGCUGGAUACAUAUCGCUGCACAUGAAGCUGCUGUCAAUAAGUCCCCUGGUAGGUAAUGCAUGGCUUAACUAUCUAUAUAAAGAUCAUUAGUAAUUCCAUUUAAGACUCUUAAUCCGUGUUCACCAGCGGGAUGAUAGAAGUGUGUUGGUCCAAGACCAGGAUGGGAGCGUAAGGAUGUGUCUCCUCAGCUGCCUCUCUGGCCGUCAGGGAAUGAUUUGGUUCUGUUUGUGCUCCACUGGGACAAAGCGGUCACUUUUUGUCAAAAUAAGGAGAUCAUGGCGAUCGUCGGGAAAGUCUGAGAUUCAGGCAGGGAGGAUUUGGAAGCACAUUGUUGUCUCAGAUUGGGCCCUUUUUUAGAUUUGUGCUUUACUUUUGGAUUUCACAGCUGUGGACUUUCAGUCUUAUUUUGAGAGUAAAAGACGAGAAGUGAAUUGUAGGCCAAGAGAGGAGGAAAUUAAUCUGUGUGCAGCGGAGCGGCGUCGGCUGUUCACAGUAUCACAGGGACAGGUGGGCAGUGUGUGUGUGUGUGUGUGUUGGUUGGCCACCAGCUGUCCAGCUGCACCGCCGCCUGAAGGGGGCGACCACGCCAACAGGCUGUCCACUGGGUGUCUUCAUGGUUGCCAGGUCCGCUACACUUGUCUGUUCUUUUUAAUCUUGCUGUGUUUGUGACUGUCUUUCGUCUUUUCUCUCCUUCCCUUCUCUUCAUUUCUGUGUGUGUGUGUGUGUGUGUGUGUGUGCCUGCGUGUGUGUGUGUGUCUCCUGUCCUCAACGUGAUUGGACAUU